GUGUCAGAGGAGGCAAAGAAGCUCACCCCCCAGCCGCCGCCAUGCCGCCGCUGCGUUCCCUGGUGGUGGUCCUGCUGCUCGCCGCCUCCCUCGCCCACUCUCUGCCUCAGGAUGACCCGAGCCGAAACUUAGACUUUACUUUUGCGGACAAGACGAGGGUGCUGGCCAGCAGGGUGUCAGGCCGUGACCUGACGCGACCUCGGCGACAAUCUUCGUCAAGCAGGCUCGUGGACUACCAAGGAGGCUCAGGAAAGCUGGAGUACAAGGACGAGAGAGACAUGGACGAGCCUGGGACUGACUCGGUUAGAUUCACAUUAAAAAAACGUGGAGUGGGUUGUCCUUGGGACGACUACCAUAUGUGUCAGAGUGGCAGUAUAAUUUGUGGUGUGCAUGUGUGCGACGCCAAGGUGGACUGUCCGGAUGGGGACGACGAGCAGGACUGUGAGUGCAGCGCCGACCAGUUCCUUUGUGAUAAAACCAAAUGCAUACCUAAUACUUGGCUCUGUGAUGGCGACGAGGACUGUGAGGACAAGACAGACGAACAGGACUGUUCAGGGUGUGGUGCGGGCCAGUGGCAGUGUAGAGACGGUGGCUGCAUCAGUGAAAAGGACCGCUGCGAUGGCUGCGUUCACUGCAGGGACGGCUCGGAUGAGGAAGGCUGUCGACCUAAGCGCUGCCGCCACUGGGAGUUCAGGUGCCGGGAUGGUUCGUGUAUCAACAAACGAUUACGCUGCAACGGCCGCCGAGACUGCCGCGAUGGCUCCGACGAGUGGCAAUGCAGACCACAUUGGCCAUGGCACCAUGGGCGGAACAGAUUUACGGAGGCCGAUCCUAACCUAAGGGAGGAGGCACUGCUGUAAGCCGAAAGCAACCCACCCAUCAGGACACUUGACGGAGAGGCACUACUUGACCCGACGGAGGCAGUGUGUGGAGGCAGGCGGGGAGGCCUUGGGAAGAUGAUGAACUGCUCUGUAGUGCCGGUGUAGCGGACCAGAAGCUACCCCGGAGGAUAAAUUCCCAAAGCAACACCAAUGGCUGACUCCUUAAGGCACAAAACUCUAAACAAGACAUAUCUGUGCGGCCUGCAGUGCUUAAGGUGUUCCCCAGGCUGUAUAACGCAGUCAGUCAGGCAAUCAGUCCUCAGUUCACUCAGCGUCAGGGUACAGUGUACUCACAAAGUGUAUACACUGUAACAUGAGUCUCUGCGGACUGGACGCGAUGGCCCAGCGUUUUAUUCAUUUCUCGGCUGCGUGUUGCACAACACACUAAACUAGCUACAUCUUUGAGGUCUGCGGGGUUCAGGAGAUAUGAAAGUGGGAGCGGGCUAUUUUGUAUCUUAUUGAGCUGCCUCCUUUGCUAUGAAAUAAUCUUUAUCAACACCCGCCGUCUGCAGCUCUGGGGCGUGGUGGGCUGCGCAUGAGCAAGUUUUAGUGUUGGAACUUCUUGUCCGCCACACCGGUUGUAGUAUUUUGAGUGACCUAAGAAGGAUCAUGUUCGGGGGCCAGUCGUGUACUCCGUCCUGUAUUUAUUGGGGUAAUUGCAUGAUAUAAAACUGUCACAUGUCAAUAGAAUAACGAUUUUUCAAGCAAUGAACUGAGGGUUCCCUGCUUCCCUGGGUUUUCAAAUGAUUCUGUCCUCUUUCAGAACUUUAUAAUUUUUUACUAAACACUUUGCAGGAGCAGUGUCUGCUGGCUUUUUGUUACUUUUC